CACAUCGCAUCGCAUCAAAUUCCACGGUGUUUUGAUGCUGUGAUGCAGGUAUGCAAUGCCACCACAAAAUGUGUGGGACUCGCGUCGACGAAUGUAAAAUCUAUCCGUUUGUGACGAUAAAUGUUUCUGAUCUCUCUGUCCAUUUUCCAAAGAACUCGUGGAGUUAUUUGGACAAUUAGUGCCGAACUGUUUGAAGGAUAUCAAGAUCGUCAUUUGAUAGAACCCAUAUCUAUCGCCUCGACAAAAAGAGGAAAAGCAAACAUUUACGAAAGAUGUCUUGCUUUGUGUGAUCGACUAAAUAAGUUCGACCCUUUCGRCUCCGGACACGCACAAAUGAAUUAACGGCUCGUCUAGUUCGGCGUCUCGCCGCAAGGCGGACCGAAUUGUGCGUUCCAGCGGCGAAUAUUUUCCAUCGCACUGCGCUGAUUCAAAUCAACGCAAAGCAACUUUCCUCUCGACUCGUCAAAACCGAAGUCCGUCCGAUCCACCCGAUUCCUUUUCCGAUCGAAAGUCCCAGGUGCUGUUGGAGCACGGUGGGCACGGUUUGUCGCCCCGACUCGCUUUCCCCUCGUGGCCAAGCCUGCUUGCACGUCUGCUUUGUAUGCGUCUUCUUCCUACUGAGUGGGAAUGUUCCUAUUUCUUACCUGUGCAUUGAUGUGAAUCAUGGCCGGCAACAAAAAUGCCAGCGUCUUUCCACUUCCCGUCGCACUGACUCCGACAGUGUUCUGCCCCUUCAGAGCCAUGGGCCAGCCCUGCGAUUGAAUAGGAGUCGGGGAGUUGAAACCACACUUGAGAACCUCGGUAAGGAUGUAUUCCGGCAUCGAUGCUUCCUCGAAGGUCAUGCACGGCUUCGGAACGUCCUUUCCAACGACCACGAUUCCCUUCGAUUGUCUCCACUGGGCAGCUUCUUCUUCGCUUCGUUUUGUCACGUCGGGGUGUUCCAUGUAAAAGUUCUUCUCGAAGGCCACCAAUUGUUCCUUGGAAAAAUCAAUGUUUUGCAGAUUGGAUCCGAGGUUGGAUCCGCCGCGGCCCCCGCCGUUUCCGUAGCCACCGCCGCCUCCGUAGCCGCCGCCACCGCCGCCUCCGUAGCCACCACCGCCACCGUAGCCGCCGCCGCCGCCACCUCCGUAGCUAGGACGCGAUUGAGACGAAUUAGAGUGGAAUCAAUUGAUCAAAACGUGAGAUGCAGAGUCAAAAAGAGAGUCUCGGGCACUGCGCAAGGAAACUUCUCGUGGUUCUUACCCUCCGCCGCCGCCGCCGUAGUUUCCACCGCCCCCAUAGCCGGAGCCACCUCCUCCGUAACCGCCGCCGCCACCUCCGUAGCCUCCGCCGCCGUAACCACCGCCGUAUCCUGACAUUUUGAUAGACUAAGUAUUUACAAACAG